CCAAGAAUGAAAUAAGUGUAAGGACACAACAAGCCAGAAACCACCACCAAUGUUACUAAAUAAAGAAGUCUGAAAUUACAGAGAGUUUGUCUGGGAGUGUCCUUGACAAGGCCAAUAAAAAUAAGACAGACUUAAAUAUGAGGUUCAUAUACAACUAGAAAAGUGAUUGGAAUUUUGAAAAUCAGCUCACUUGCAAAGAUACCCGAGUGGGACAAACAAAUUCGAAACUGGUUUCUGCAAUGAAGACUGCCCUAUGGCUUACAGUGGGACUUUUAUUCCUGCAAGAAAUUAAACCAAGCGUGGGCAGCAAACGAGAAACGCGCAGCGUCCUGGAUAUGAUUUCGACUUUGUUGUGUUAUGGGGAUCGUCUGCAAAUCCCACUGCUAGCACUCAACCUAUACGGCUGCCACUGUGGAACAGGCGGCUUUGGAAAGCCUCUGGACGCGGUGGAUCGCUGCUGUUUCUUGCACGACUGCUGUUAUCGCCACACCAGGCUCUCUCUGAAAUGUCACAACAGAGUAAAAUGGCAACGCUACAAACUGCUGUGUAAAACCUCCGAGACGGAGUGCCGGUCCAAAAGCAUCUGUGGCAGAACGGCGUGCGAGUGUGACAAGCAACUGGCAGAAUGUCUCACGGCAGCCAGACCUCAGCGGAAGCAUUCUUUCUACAAGCGAGAACUCUGCCAAGGGUCUAAGGGCACCUGUCCCAUCAUGCACCAUAACUGGACUAAAACCCGGGCACUAAGUUAAGUUUCUGCUAGUUAAUUUACUUUAUUGAUUAGCCUCUUGGGCCUUAAGUUUUCUGCUAUUACCUGGAAGCAAGGAAGGUUCUUGGAAAAAUUAACCUCUGAGAAAAAAAAACUAGCUGUGG